GGUUUGGAUCGCGCGACGUUUUUGCUCGCCGCCGGACAAAACGAACCGCUCCGACCGAUGGCGUCGAUCGCUUCCGGUGGUGAAAAGGCUCGAUUAAUGCUCGCAUUGAAAAUGGCUCCAGUCAUGACGGAUGAUUACGCGAGCACGCGCGCUAAUCGAGAGCUCGCGAGCGGUGGCAUCUCCGUCUUUGACGAAGUCGACAGCGGCGUCGGCGGUCGCGUCGGCGCUCGCAUCGGCCACGCCCUUCGUCGCCUCACCACCACGGGCUCGCAGCAAGUUUUGUGUGUCACCCAUCUCCCUCAAGUCGCCGCGUGCGGCGAUACCCACCUCAUAGUUUCCAAAUCACCCGACGACGACGCCGACGGUCGCACCACCAUCGACAUCCGCCGCAUCGAUUCUCGCGACUCUCGCGUCGAGGAAAUCUCCCAAAUGCUCGGC